GACGGAGGAUAUUACAACAAUCAUGGAAGGCUGGAUGAGGCAAAUCAUACAGAUUAUCUGAUUUACUUAUGUGUGAAGGAAGAAGAGGAGAAGAAGGAGAAGGAAAACAAAGAAGAGGAAGAGGAAAAAGAGGAGGAUGAAGGGGAGGAAAAAGAAGAGGAAGAGAAGGAGAAAAAGAAGAAAUAUGAAGAGGAGAAGGAGAACGAAGAUGAGAAGCAGGAUGAAGGGGACAAUGAAGAAAAAAAAGAAGAGAAGGAGGAAGAGAAUGACAGAAAGGAGAAAGAACAAGUGGAGAAGAAUGAAGGGCAGAAUGAAGCAGAGGAAGAGGUAAAGAAGGAGAAAGAUGAAAAGGUCUUUGAGAUGAACAGAAGGGCCAUAGACAUUAUCACAGCGUUCCAGGAAGAAAACAGAGAACAGGAACUAAGGAUCACCCAAUACUAUGAAGAAGAGGAGAAGAAGGAGAAGGAAAACAAAGAAGAGGAAGAGGAAAAAGAGGAGGAUGAAGGGGAGGAAAAAGAAGAGGAAGAGAAGGAGAAAAAGAAGAAAUAUGAAGAGGAGAAGGAGAACGAAGAUGAGAAGCAGGAUGAAGGGGACAAUGAAGAAAAAAAAGAAGAGAAGGAGGAAGAGAAUGACAGAAAGGAGAAAGAACAAGUGGAGAAGAAUGAAGGGCAGAAUGAAGCAGAGGAAGAGGUAAAGAAGGAGAAAGAUGAAAAGGUCUUUGAGAUGAACAGAAGGGCCAUAGACAUUAUCACAGCGUUCCAGGAAGAAAACAGAGAACAGGAACUAAGGAUCACCCAAUACUAUGAAGAAGAGGAGAAGAAGGAGAAGGAAAACAAAGAAGAGGAAGAGGAAAAAGAGGAGGAUGAAGGGGAGGAAAAAGAAGAGGAAGAGAAGGAGAAAAAGAAGAAAUAUGAAGAGGAGAAGGAGAACGAAGAUGAGAAGCAGGAUGAAGGGGACAAUGAAGAAAAAAAAGAAGAGAAGGAGGAAGAGAAUGACAGAAAGGAGAAAGAACAAGUGGAGAAGAAUGAAGGGCAGAAUGAAGCAGAGGAAGAGGUAAAGAAGGAGAAAGAUGAAAAGGUAAUAGAAGAAGAAGAAGAAGAAGAAGAGCUAACUUGCUGCACGUGGUUUUGUACACCAACUAGAGCCUUCAUCAGCAGCGUAACAAACUUUUUCUUUACCAAAUGUGGAGGACUCCCUUAACAUCAAGUGGAGUCUGGAGGAGGCGCUGUUAAAGAGAUUAUCAAUAGGUAUUACCUUUCUUCCCUUCCCAGCAGCUCACUUCUGAUUUGGUCUCUACUCUUCCUAAUACCUUCUGGUAUGAAAAGGUAGAUCUUAGAUGGCAGAGCAGGUACUAUGCUGAAGCCUUUACAUGCAGGUGAAACCAGUGGCAGCAAAUGUAUGCAACAUUGUGUGUACAUUGGCUACCAUAUGGAGGCAUGGUUUUGCCCACAUGUGGUGACCACAACAAAGUACUUGACCCACCAUCUCAUUCCCCCCCUUUUAUUCCAGGUGAUAAGUCAACAGGGAAAGAGACCAAGCUUGAAGUGAGCCACUGGGAACCAGGGAAAGAUAAUGCCAUUUUAGAUGCUGAGAUAACCCCUUUAACAUGUAGAGGCAAAUGAGGCGCCAUUACUAUCAGGAGGGUUCAUUUGCCUCAUAUGGGGUAGGAGGAGACCCCCUUUAAGAUCAAAGAUUGGAGGACAAGACUCC